AUGACGUCGACCGCCGUCGCCGUUGUACUCUCCACCAACAUCGUCAUAUCGGCGCGGCCCCACGUGAGAUCUCGAUGCGACCUAACAGCAUGGGAUCUGCUGCAACUCUCCAAUUGCUACUCCCAGCAAGGUCUUAUUUACCCUAAGCCUCCGAUCAAGUUCGACGAUGCCGUCCAACGGCUGCGAGACUCUCUCUCCGAGUGCCUAGUUCAUUUCUACCCCUUGGCCGGCCGGCUGGCGACUGACCCAGAAACCACCGUCUUCGUCGACUGCAACGACGCCGGAGCUCAGUUUGUGGUUGCUGCAUGUCAUGGCAUUAGCGUGACAGAUUUGACAGCGGACGGAGAUGUGCCCGGUGCAGUGAGGUCCUUCUUCCCACUGACUGGUGCCCUCAAUCAUGACGGCCAUUCCCUUCCACUCCUCGCUGUGCAGAUUACAGAAUUGGCCGAUGGGAUGUUCAUCGGCUGCUCCUUCAACCACAACAUCGUCGAUGGGGAAUCAAUGUGCCACUUCAUCAACUGCUGGUCCGAGCUCAGCCGAGGAAGCCGACAAAUUUCCCGUCCACCACUCAUGGAUCGUGCAUUCUUCAGCAAAGAACCCAUCCGAUUCGUUCCCUCAGAAGAAGCGAUUAGAGUAAACAAGUGGCCCGCACAUGGCCUGAGCUCACGCGUCUUCCGCUUCAGCCGAAAGGCGAUGGCCAGCCUGAAGGCCAAAGCCAACCAGCAAUGCAAGCUGGAGAAGGGCGAGAUAUCAUCAUUGCAAGCACUAUCAACACUAAUCUGGCGAGCCGUGACGAGGGCAAGGAAAGCAGCACCGGGCCAAAUGACCAUCUGCUUGAUGGUUGUAGGGAACAGGCAAAGGUGGGACCCUCCAAUGUCACCGGAAAGCUUCGGCAACUACGUUACUGCAGCAUUUACCAGGGCACCUGCCGGCGAGCUAUUGAGCCGAGACCUCGGUUCAGCGGCGCGAGCGCUGAACGAGACAGUCAGUAGCCAGACGUCUGAAGGCGCGCGUGCCUUCGUUGAGGCAUGGGUAGAGAAGCCCUAUCUACUUUCACUGGAGCCCAUCCCUUAUCUCAUCUUGGUAGCGAGCUCACCAAGGUUCGAGGUAUAUGGGAACGAUUUCAGCUGGGGCCGGCCGGCUGGCGUGUUAUGGGGCCCGGCCGGAAAGUUUGAUGGGAUGGUGUUGGCUUCACAAGGCUGCGAGGGUGCUGGCAGCGUGGACCUGGAAGUUUGCCUUUCUACUGAAACCAUGAGUGCAUUGGCAUUAGAUGAAGAGCUCAAAGAAGCUCUCUCUCUUUGAUUUAGAAUUUGGGAGCAGAUCAAUUGUGAUGAUGAAAUCUCUCUGUGAAGCAUGUGGAGGUGUUUGUCUUUCUCGUUGGGUUUGGUUUGGUGCACUCUUGUCUAUUUGCAGUACGUUGUAGUAGGCAUGACAAAGUCAGAUUCGCCAUGCUUGCUUCAAAUUCUUUGUCUUCACAAUUAGUUCGAAUGUCUUUUAUGUCUACAUAGAGUAGCCUUCCUUGUAUCCCUUUUCCAAUUCACUACUGUGUUUGUGUCAUCAUUUGUAUGCCCGGUCUUUUGUCGAACAUCAUUUGGCUUUUUUUA